AAAAAAAAAACAUUAACACAAUAAAAGCAGAUUUUCUAAAAAUAUCAAUAAUACAUGAGUGUUUUCAUGAAAAGUAUUAUAUAUAAAUAAUCUAAUGCAGAUUUUUUGAAUAAAUAAUGCAAGUAAUAUAUAUUAGUAAAAUGAAACACCUAGUAUUUUAAAAUCUGACAAGCAUUUGAUUAUUAAAAUAUUAGACGGAAAAAAAUAAAAAUAUUUUAAAUCACAACUUUAAUAAUACAUGAUUUAGUUGAAUUUAGAUAUAAAAUCUAUAACUCAAUUUUAACAAAAAAAAAUCUAUAAACCAAUAACCCAUAGAGUCUCUCCUCUGCCAGACUGCAACUACUACUCGGUUGUCAAUUUGUCAUCGGUAUAAAUGCUUUUACAGUCCGGUUCGUAUUGGUUUGAAAUUGGAUCGCAUACAAUCUUAUAAACCAACACGAGACUUCGGAUCUACGUUUUGGUUCGAAUUGGUCUGAAGAGUCUGUCUGGUUUUGGUCUCGAAGAUAACAAAAAAAAAAAACAAACUUGUCUGCAUGUUACAUCGGACUCUUCUGUGUCCGAGACGCCUCAAUUUCCUGCUAUCAGCUUCUAAACACAAGCGUCACAUCAGUCAGAUCCACGCUUUCGCAAUCACUACCGGUAACUUACUCCAUGGAAGCUCCAUCGCUCGCGACUUCAUUACUUCUUUUGUACGAAUCGGCGAGAUCUCACAUGCCCGUAAGGUGUUCGACGAAUUUCCUCAGAGAAAUGUAUCUACUUACAAUUCCAUGGUUGUGGCUUAUUCCCGUGGAAACAAACCAGACGAGGUUCUGCGUCUUUACGAAGAGAUGAUAGAUGAAGGUGUUCGACCAGAUAGCUCGACCUUCACUAUGACGAUCAGGGCGUGCUUAAAUGCUAUGGCUCUGGAGAAAGGAGAGACAGUGUGGUGUAAAGCUAUGGAAUGUGGGUAUGAAAAUGAUGUCUUUGUUUGUUCAUCUGUGUUGAAUCUGUACAUGAAGUGCGGGAAGACUGAGGAAGCUGAAGCUCUGUUCCUAAAGAUGACGAAAAAGGAUCUUGUUUGUUGGACAAUAAUGGUGACAGGGUUUGCACAAGCUGGUAAGUCUUUGAAGGCUGUUGAGUUCUACAGAGGAAUGCAAAGGGAAGGGUUUGGUAGAGAUGGGGUUGUGAUGCUUGGUCUCUUACAAGCUUCUGCUGAUCUUGGAGAUCAGAAAAUGGGUUGUUCUGUACAUGGUUAUUUGAUUAGAACAGGUCUUCCUAUGAAUGUUGUAGUUGAAACCACAUUGGUUGAUAUGUAUGUAAAGGUUGGGUUUUUAGAGGUUGCUUCCAGGUUGUUCAGUAGGAUGAUGUUUAAAACUGCGGUGUCGUGGGGGUCGUUGAUCUCUGGAUUUGCUCAAAAUGGGUUAGCCAGUGAAGCCUUUGAAGCAGUAGUAGAGAUGCAGAGCCUUGGGUUUCAACCGGAUCUUGUGGCUCUUGUUGGAGUACUCUUGGCUUGUUCGCAAGUCGGAUCGUUAAAGACUGGUAGGUCUAUACAUUGUUACAUCUUGAGAAGGCACUUUCUUGAUAGAGUAUCCGCAACUGCUUUGAUGGACAUGUACUCAAAAUGCGGUGUUAUUGCAAGUUCGAGAGAAAUCUUUGAACGGACGAGAAGGAAAGACUUGGUUUGUUGGAACACAAUGAUAUCUUGUUAUGGAAUCCAUGGAGAUGGUGAAGAAGUUGUCUCCAUGUUCGUGAAUAUGACGGAAUCAGAUAUAGAACCUGACCACGCCACUUUUGCUUCUCUUCUCUCUGCUUUUAGCCACUUAGGUCUAGUAGAACAAGGCCAGCAUUGGUUCAGCGCCAUGAGAAACAGGUAUAAUAUACAACCGAGCGAAAAACAUUACGUUUGUUUGAUUGAUCUUCUUGCACGUUCAGGGAGAGUGGAAGAAGCUCUUGACAUGAUACACUCUGAGAAGCUUGAUAAUGCUUUGCCCAUUUGGGUUGCUCUUCUUUCAGGAUGCAUCAAUAAUAGGAAUCUAUUAGUUGGUGAGAUAGCUGCUAAUAGGAUUCUAGAGUUGAAUCCGGAUAACACUGGAAUCCAAACGCUGGUUUGUAACUUCUUUGCCACUGCCAAAAAGUGGAAGGAAGUGGCUAAAGUGAGGAAGUUAAUGAGAAGUGGGAUCAGGGAGAAAGUGCCAGGGUACAGUGUGAUUGAGGUGAAUGGACAGCUUAGAACAUUUCUCAUGGAGGAUCUGAGCCACCAUGAGCAUUAUCACAUGUUGCAAAUGUUGAGGGACUUGUGUUCUGAGAUGAGAGAUGUGUAUACGUGUACAUCCAUUUCUGAAUGUGCUAAUUCCCCUUACUAGUAGUAGUACUGUUGUUAAGCGAUAACUGGUGGUUUCUAGUUACUAUGUUUUCCUUGGUGAAUCUCGAAAUCCAAGAAGGAGUCGUUAACCGUAGCAGCAGCACUGAAGCUGAAUCCGACUUGUGAUUUGCAAUAUCAGCUCCUCAGUGCGUUCAAAGUACAAGUCAGGCUUCUUGUUACUUUACUGUGCAACAAGCUUGCUCUACAUCAUGCCUCUAACCCAGUCUUUAACGAGCGCACUAAACAUGUCAAACCUGACUGCCAUGCGAUUCGUGAUCAACUCAAGUUGGGAUUCAUCAAUACUUUCCAUUUUGCUUCCGCCAACAAUUUAGCUACCAUCUUGACAAAGGUGUUUCAUUAAGGAUCAUUUCUUUAACUUUUGCCUUGCAUGUCAGUUUCAAACUUUUACCUUCCUAAAGAUAACAAGGAUUAUAGGCCUGGGUGGAUAUUUAUGAUGUACAUAACCAUAGUCAGUUGAGCA